CGCAAGUUCUCCCUCCUGCUCAUCGAGGAGAAUCCGAUCUUCCUCAAGAGCUUCUGCAGGAACCUCGCACUCCGGGGGCACGCGAUCGACAUCGUCCGAGACCUCGCCGAGUUCAUGGCCAUGGCCGAGGCGGGAUCCAUCCACCGUACGUACGACUGCGUCUUGGUCGACAUGAGCGAUGCGAACCUGGACCUGGUACAGAAACUGCGCAAGACCGAGAGAAGGACCGGCCUCAAGAGGCUUCCCGUCCUCGUCUCCGUCCCGUACGGCGCCGAAGGAUGGGAGCGGCGCUACCUGGAUGCGGACAUAGACGGGCACUUCAUGAAGCCCUGCAGCGAGGACGUCAUACUCAGCCGAGUGACCGAUGCGAUCAGCUCCGUCAGCGCACUGGUGGCCAUACACGAAGACAGCGCCAGCCAAGGAUCUUCGGCCGAUGGUUUCAGCAUGAGCGAUAAGGGAUCCUUUCCUCGCACCACCGUCGAGAAGACGGCGUCGUCCAUGACAUCCCUUCCGCCCAGUGACAUCGACGAGACGCUUCGAUCAGGCGGGGUCGGAGAAUGGCAUCACUAG